AUGGUGUGGAUGGCAACUCAAAAGCUUGCAAUUAAAGGGAUGAGAAGGCGUAUAUGGGGAGGAGCGUUUCUGUGUUGGGUUUUCUUAAUGUUGGUCACUCCCAAGAUUUCUCACUCCCCCAAACGCCAUCUCUACGCUGACAUGCGCAAUUUCCUUGGAGUGCCUAAUACAUUGAAUGUGAUCACCAAUUUCCCCUUUUUGGCUGUUGGUGUUCUGGGUUUUGUUCUUUGUUGCCAAGGGGGCCUUUUCAACAUCAGUUUGCCUGGUGAAGUUUGGGGUUGGGCACUAUUCUAUGCUGGAAUAGCAGGGCUGGCUUUUGGGUCUGCUUAUUAUCAUUUGAAGCCCGAUGAUAGUAGAGUAACGUGGGACACCUUGCCGAUGAUAAUUGCAUACUCCUCUCUUUUCUCUAGUUUUAUAGUGGAGAGAGUGGGAGAGAGGAUCGGUUUAAGUUGUCUAUUUGCACUCCUUUUCAUUGCUUUUCUUAGUACUGCAUAUGACAGAACGUAUAAUGAUAUCAGAUUGUACAUGAUAUUCCAGUUGAUUCCAUGUAUAGCAAUUCCAGGAAUGUGCUUUGUGUUUCCACCCAAAUAUACUCACUCAAGAUAUUGGCUUUGGGCCGGAGGGGUUUACCUUCUCUCCAAAUUUGAAGCUGUUGCUGACAUGAAAAUAUACCAUGCAAAUCAUUACAUUAUCAGUGGGCACUCUUUGGAGCAUUUGUGUUUAGUGAUGGUCCCUGUUCUGCUCGGUAUUAUGCUCAUGCAUAGAAACAUUAAGUGUCAAAGGAGUCAAGUUAAUGCAACCACUAAGCCACUGACCACCAAAGAUUAG